AUGGAUGCGAAUGCCCUUUUCAUGUCUCUCCCUUCUAUUCACUUUCCAUCAGAAACACUAGUUCAAUCUUCGUCUUCUGAUUCAUCUUCAUCGCCAACGGCAAAGAAGAAGAAGAAAGAAGUGAUUCUUUCAAAGAAAACACCACCAGCGUCUUCAUCUUCGUCGUCGUCUUCUGAUGCCUCUGAUGCCGAUACCCCAACGUCAAAAAAGAUGAAGAAUGGCCAACAACCUGCUUCGAAAGAAAAGAAGGAAGAGCCAGUUUCUAUUGAAAAUGUGCCAGAAGGUCUCAGGAAACUGGGAUUUCCUGAAAAAUUCGUCAGUAGAAAUUGUGAGAAGAAGUGGAUUAAGAAAGCGAUGUCUCAACUUCGAGAUACCGUGCCGAUGAGUCCACGAGGAAUUUCUGAUCUCUCCGUGACCGACGGAAUUGACUUAUACACUUAUUUGGGUUAUAAUAAAAUCAGUAACACCAAAUCGUGGAUGGAGUAG